GCUCACAGGAUUUAGGCUAGAUGCGCCAUUUUACUGCGUCCACAGCCAUCCGGCAAGAUGGUCCCCUUGCUUUGUCUCCCCUGACCGGAGUUGUUUAGGUAUUCAGUGGCUAUUCUUGCUUCCGUACCACCGUAGAUCUGCAAAUUGGAUUGAACUGGGCCACCCGUACCACAAACAAAACGUGUCUCUGUUAACCAAGAAAUGACGACGGUGAAAAGCAGGUAAAAUGAGUCUGCCUUCUUCUGAAUCAAACCUAGACCAAAUGGCAGAAAAAGCAGAGGAGCCUGGUAGCUCAACAGAAACUAUGAAGCCCUCUUUUUCUCGUAACAAGAGGAAGCCUGCUACUGUAGCUAAGCACACUGAACUGAAUGAAUCAGACGCCUCGGCCGAAAGUGAAAAUGCAGGUGCCACUUCUGACAAUCCUUCAGACAGUAACACAGGCGGCGUAUCUAAAGGUACUUUAGUGAUGAGGCCAGCUGGGAAUGAAAAUAAAGGUGCCAUGAAGCUCAGAGUGGAUUUCAAACAGAAACAUACAGAUGAUAGCCUGCAGAAGAAGGUAAGCUGCACUGCCUGUGGAAAACAAGUGAACCAGUUUCAGCGCAACUCUGUGUUUGAGCAUCCUGUGCUCAAAGUACUUAUUUGCAAGUCAUGCUACAAGUAUUACACAAGUGAUGACAUCAACAGAGACUCUGAUGGGAUGGAUGAGCAGUGCAGGUGGUGUGCUGAAGGUGGCAAGCUCAUCUGCUGUGACUACUGCAACAACGCCUUCUGCAAGAAGUGCAUCCUGCGCAACCUGGGCAGGAAGGAGCUGUCAGUCAUUACUGAUGAAAACUCAAAGUGGCACUGCUAUGUCUGCAGGUCAGAGCCCCUACAGGAUCUGGUCUCCAAAUGUCACAGUAUCAUGGAAAAACAAGAACUUGUUCAACACAAGCAACGAAAACCAGAUAAAACUGAGGAACGUGACAGCAAGAGACAUAAGAACAAAGCAGUCAAAGAGCACAAAGCAGUUGUCAAUGGAAAAGAACACAUCGAAGGCUCAGGGACCAUGACAUUCUCCUACAAAAAACUGCAGGUACCGAAAGAACUUAUAAAGAAAGCAAAAAAGCUUGUUGAAACUACAACUGGUCUGAACAAUACGUUCAUCCAGUUCAUCCAGCAGACAGCCGAGGAGCAGGGGGAUAAGGUAUCUAUUAGGUAUCGGCAUUUGAAAGCCUUCAAGGCCGUACUUGCCGAUUUGAAAAAAGCCCAUAGUGCUUUGGAGGCAGCUUUGGGGCCUGAGUUCAGAAACAUGGAGUUGCAGAAUGGUAACGAAGAGCAACAUAUUGUGAGAAAGAGCACUGAUGUUGUGGCGUCUGUAGAAAACGACCAUGUGGAUAUUGUGGCAGAUGCAGUUGAUGAGGCAGACGCAGCAGAGGAGCCGGUCGGAGAGCUGGAUGGAGAGCUGGUCGGGGACCAGCAUAGUGAGCAGGACGUGGACAAUGAUCAAGUGUCAGAUGAGACUGAAAUGAAAGACAACCAAACAGAAAUUGAUGUAACCAAAAAGACAAUUAAAACUGAAGUCUGUGAUGAUGGGCUAGUGUCAGCUGGUGAAAUGUCCCUAGAUCACGACAUUAUGUCUGUGCCUCCUUCGGUUCCCGAAGAGCUUUUUCAGAUGGUGGAGAGUCUUGCAGAUUCCAACAUGCUCUCACAGACUGACACCGAAUUGGUCACAGACACCGAUACAAAGUCAAAUGGAAACUCAACAGACUCUCAACGCCCUCAGCCCAAGGUGAAGAACCUCAUAGUCAAACUGACUCCUGUGCCAGUCGUGACAACAUGUGGGUCAAGGUCCUCCAGGUCUAAAAACAGAGAAAAAGAUGAAGAGACUGCAAAAAAGUGUAAAGAAGAAGAAUGCAAGGAGAAAGCCGAUGCUUCUGAUACAGUAGAUGGGACAGACAGCCCACCACCCAGCCGUCGCUCUAGUAGAUUAAAGACCACUCCCUUGAGGAAGCAGGCUGAGAAUAAGGGCAAGGAAGAGUCCUCUGAUUCGGAGUCAGAGGAAGAUAGUAAGGGCAAGACCAAAUCCUCCAAGAAAUCCAGUAACACCAAAAAAGAGGAUCGGAAACAGACCAAGGCUUUAGAGAAAAAGAUGGUGGAUUCUGACUCGGACGAAGUUCCUAACAUACUGAUAGAGAAAGCUGCAGCAUGCCACAGCACAGAUGAGGAAGAGGGAAGCACAAGUGCUAAAAAGCGUUUAUUCAAACUAAACAACACAUCCACACAGGACACAGACAAAGCGUCCAAACGCAAAAGGAAGUCUGAAAACUCUGAUUCAGACUUGGAGAACAAAAGUAAAAAGACGUCCAAGAAGAGGAAACAGAAUGGCUCAGACUCCCUGAACUCUGACUCUGACCAGGAGAAGGAGACAAAGCGUAAAACGGGCAAUGCCAAGAGGAGAUCUAGUCGUGUGAAGAAACAAAAUGAAGCAAAAGAGGAAGACAAAAACUCACCUGAGAGGAAGGCAGCUGAACGGAAAAGGUCUUAUGAAAAGAAGCGCAAGGGAAGGAGCCCCAAAUCAGCCUCCAAGCUGCAGUCAUCCUCCAGUGAGGAUGAGGAGGAGGAGCAGCAAGGUGAAGGUGACUCCGGAGAGGACAGUGACGCACAAAAGAUCAAACCCAUUGUGGAGGAUAAUGUUGUGGGAGAUGGCGGACCUUUCCAUCAAUCCUCAGGAGAUGAAGUGGAUGAUACAGAGAAAGUCUCUCGGGUUUGUGAAGAUGAUGAUGAUGAUGAUCCUGAAAACAGGAUUGCGAAGAAAAUGCUUCUCGCACAAAUAAAAUCCAACUACUCUUCUGGAGCAGAGAGCUCCUCUGAUAAUGAAGGAGCAGAUGAGGAUGAAAAGUCCUCCACGAAAGUUAAAAAAGAAGAUGAGGAUGAAGAAGAGCAAGAAGAGGAUUCAGAAGACUCAAGUUCUGAUGUCGAAGUGAAAAAGCGUGGCAGGCGCCACAAAUUGCUUCGUCAUAAACUCUCGCUGAGUGAGUGUGAAUCAGGAGAGGAGAAAGCUGUCAGUAAAGGAAAGAACAAGGGCGGCAAGAAGUCAGGGCAGAAAGUGGGCAGCGAUGACUCUUCAGACUCAGACUUUGGGAAAGAGUCAGAGUCCAGUGCAGAGUCAGGGAUAAGCGAGGAGCUUAGUGAAUCAGAGAACGAGGGGAAGCGGCGAAAGACCAGAGCUGCAAAGAAGAAGGAUGAGGAGAAGCAGAGAAGUUACAAGCAGAAGAAGAAACGACGCAGGAUCAAAGUUCAGGAUUCCUCUUCCAGCAAUGAGAAGAGCGGGGAGGAAGAUGAAGAUGAAGACGACCGCAAAGGACGCAAAAAGAUCCGCAAAAUCCUCAAGGACGACAAGUUGCGGACAGAGACGAGAGAUGCUCUAAAAGAAGAGGAGGAGAGGAGGAAACGUAUAGCUGAGAGAGAAGCACUCAGGGAGAAACUUCGAGAGGUGAUUGUGGUGAAGGAGUCUUCCCAGGUGACCUGUCCUAUCACCACCAAGCUGGUGCUGGAUGAGGAUGAAGAGACCAAGGAGCCACUGGUGCAGGUGCACAGGAACCUUGUCACAAAGCUCAAACCUCACCAGGUUGACGGGGUGCAGUUCAUGUGGGACUGCUGCUGUGAAUCUGUAAAGAAGAUUGAGAAGUCUGCUGGCUCCGGCUGCAUCCUCGCCCACUGUAUGGGCCUGGGAAAAACUCUGCAGGUGGUAACAUUCCUUCACACUUUGCUGCUUUGUGAGAAGCUCGAGUUUACCACAGCUCUGGUGGUUUGUCCCCUGAACACUGUCCUUAAUUGGCUCAACGAGUUUGAGAAGUGGCAAGUAGGAAUGAAGGAUGACGAGAGUUUAGAGGUGACUGAGCUGGCCACAGUAAAGAGGCCACAGGAGCGAGCAUACGCCCUCCAGCGAUGGCAAGAGAUGGGGGGCGUUAUGAUCAUUGGCUACGAGAUGUACCGAAACCUGACACAGGGCAGGAACAUCAAGAGCAAGAAGCUCAAAGAGACCUUUCAGAAGACACUGGUAGAUCCAGGUCCAGAUUUGGUAAUCUGCGAUGAAGGUCACAUUCUGAAGAACGAGGCAUCUGCUGUGUCCAAGGCGAUGAAUUCUAUCAGGACGAGGAGGAGGAUUGUGCUGACUGGAACGCCUCUGCAAAACAACCUUGUUGAAUACCACUGCAUGGUCAACUUCAUCAAGGAGAACCUGCUUGGGUCAAUUAAGGAGUUCAGGAACCGCUUCAUUAACCCCAUCCAGAACGGUCAGUGUGCCGACUCCACAUUACACGAUGUCCGGAUCAUGAAGAAGAGGGCUCACAUCCUCUAUGAGAUGCUGGCCGGCUGUGUUCAGAGGAAAGAUUACACGGCGCUUACCAAGUUUCUGCCUCCCAAACACGAGUAUGUGCUGUCGAUCAGAGUGACUCCGAUCCAGUGUAAACUCUACAGAUACUACCUGGAGCACUUCACAGGUGUGGGGAAUGCUAUGGAGGGGGGCCGGGGCCGCGCGGGGACCAAACUCUUCCAGGAUUUCCAGAUGCUCAGCAGAAUCUGGACCCAUCCCUGGUGCCUUCAGCUGGACUACAUCAGUAAAGAAAACAGGGGUUUCUUUGACGAGGACAGUAUGGACGAGUUCAUUGCUUCAGAAACAGAAGAGUCCUCCAUGAGUCUGACCUCUGAGGAUGAAAAGAUACAAAAGAAAAAGAAGCAAGGGAAGGGAAAAAAGAAGGCAUCUGAUGACUCGGACAGUGAUGACGUGGAGGUCAUCAAGGAGUGGAACACCAGCUCUCGAGGCAGAAACGGAGAGGGUCGAAAAAGGGAAGAGCCUGUAGAGGAACCUCAGGCCACUGGCUCAUCCCCAGGGAGUCCCACUCCUGACUGGCACAAGGAGUUUGUCACUGAGACUGACGCUGAGAUCCUGGAGCACUCUGGAAAGAUGAUGCUCCUCUUUGAGAUCCUGCGUAUGGCAGAGGAAGUAGAUGAGAAAGUGUUGGUGUUCAGUCAGUCUCUCAUCUCUCUGGACCUGAUUGAGGAUUUCCUAGAGCUGUCUUGCAGAGCUAAAGAUGAAGAAAAAAUCUCUCCAUAUAAAGGUGAAGGCAAGUGGUUCAGGAACAUUGAUUACUAUCGCCUGGAUGGCUCCACUAACGCCACCACCAGGAAGAAGUGGGCUGAAGAGUUUAAUGACACCAGUAACACAAGAGGUCGAUUGUUUCUAAUUUCAACGCGAGCCGGCUCUCUUGGCAUCAACCUGGUGGCCGCCAACAGGGUCAUCAUCUUCGAUGCCUCCUGGAACCCCUCCUAUGACGUCCAGAGUAUCUUCAGAGUCUACCGCUUUGGCCAGCUUAAAACCGUCUAUGUAUACAGAUUCCUGGCCCAGGGUACAAUGGAGGAGAAGAUUUAUGACCGGCAGGUAACCAAACAGUCUCUGUCAUUCCGGGUGGUGGACCAGCAGCAGAUUGAGAGGCACUUCACGACGAAUGAGCUGGCCGAGCUCUACACCUUUGAGCCAGACAUGCUGGAUGAUCCCUCAGAGAAGAAGAGCAAGAAAGCCACACCCUUGCUCCCUAAGGAUCCCUUCCUGGCUGAGAUGUUGCAGAACAAUAAGGACCAGAUCGUGUGCUACCAUGAGCACGACUCUCUGCUGGACCACAAGGAGGAGGAAGCCCUGAGUGAGGAGGAUCGCAAGGCUGCCUGGGCCGAGUAUGAAGCAGAGAAAAAGGGUCUGUCCAUGAGGACCAACUACCAGACAACAUACUCCCAGAUGGACAUGGGCAGCUCCAACUACUUCUCCUACAAUGUGGCGGCUUUGGCCUCCAUGACCAACCAACAGCUGGAGGACCUUAUAAACCAGGGACGGCAGAAAGUCAUUGAAGCAACAAAUGCAUUGAAGACUUUAUCACGAGAGUCACUGGAAGAUACUAUUGCCAGAGUGUGGAAGGAGAACCCAUCACUCACAGAGAAUCAGGUCCAGUCUAUGGCUCUGGGUCGACAGGCCAGUGUGGAGCUGGAGCUCAAACGCAGGGAAGUCGUGUACAGGGAUGUUCUCACCAGGCAGCAGACGCUGAUGAUGUUCGUGCAGAAGCUGAUCACCAACAGGAAGGUGCAGGAGCAGCAGCUGGCCAUGGCUAACCAGGCCACGUACCUGAACCAGCUGGCCCUGCAGAACGGCAUGAUGGGAGGCAGUGGACUCAGCCAGAUGGACCUGCUGGGGCUUUACCAGCAGCUCCACGGCCUGGGCUCCCAUCAAGGCAUGGGCAAGAAUCCUGGGCCCUCCAAGGGCCUGUAGGUCAGAGGGACCACACACCCACUCAGCUAGCCGGCUCCUAGUGGCCCAGUUCAAGCGAGGCCCAGUUCUCUGUAACAAACACACUGUGAGACCGCUCAGAGCUCAAAGCAAACUGAUGCACCAAGCAGAGGACGGAGUAGUUUUGAGACUAGGCUGCUGUCCACUGGGGCCUCAAGUGGGAUAGACUCCCAGUUCUUUAUUCUGUAGUUCACUGAGAGAAGGUGGAAUAUAAUGUAUAAAUGACUGUGUGAACGGAGUCUUAGAAAUUUCAACAGGAGAAAAAAAAAUGUAUAUACCGCCUCAAUGUUAUUCAAGUUCUAUAUCUUAAUUUUUCAUGUAUUUAAAGACAGACAUGUUUUACCCCCAAUGCUUUUAAGCAUUGUAUUGUUUUCCCCUUAAAAGAGGGUUUCCUUAUUAUUUAAACUCAGUUUUUUAUACUGUUUUAAAUACCUAACUAAACCUGAGCGGGACCAGCGUCGUUGGUGACAGGGCUCUGAUGUAAAGCUCUUUAUGAUUAUUAGCCCCAGUAGAUUCCUUCACCAAUAUCUAGCAAAGCAGACAGCUGAUGGUGCUGCAAAGUCCUGCUCUUUUUGGGAGAUAGAAGAAAUUGAUAAGUCAACAAAAACAAAAAAAAAAAUUUAUUUAAAAAAAAAAAUAUGGCCUUAUAUUCAUUUCCUUAAAAAAAGCUCUGUAAAGUUUUGAGAUUUGUUGAGAAUCUUUUCUGUUAUGCUUUUAAGUGUUUACAUUAGUUGUCACUGAACAUGGUAAUGGAAUGCUUGUGUUGUUCAAAACUGCCUGCCGGUUCCUAUGACCUUUUUGUAACAUCAUUCUCAUUGUCACGUGUUGUCUAGCAUAGCACUGUGCGUCCUGUUCAUUGUUUAUGUUCCACUUGUGUUGAUCCCAAGCUUGGGUGAGUGACUGGGUCUCACAAAGCAACAACCAGUUCAGCCGGGUAUCACAGGGCCCAAAACUUUUCCCUUUACUUGCCUGUCAAAGUUUGAAAUGUGUUUCACAAUGGAUUUGAGAGAGUAAAGACUGGAAAUCUUAUUAUGUCUGGCUGAUUUGUUUCCUCUGCUUUGUGAGAAAUGCCUUCUGGACACUGUAGUCUCACCAGGCAGGCCCCCAGACUACCUGUAUUUUACUUUGGCACAUUUUUGCUUCUAAAUGCUUAAACUGGUGUAGCUGUUAAUCAUGAGGAAUAUGUACAUUUCUCACAAAGAGACACCUGUUGUCUCUAGUUGGCUCCUGUGUUUGCACAAGGUGUGUUUCAUAAAUGUAGAGAAACUUUUUUGCCCUCCUCUAAGAAUGUUCUUAUGUUAGCAAAUACACCGACAUGAUUUGCCAUGAAUCUGAUCUGCUAUUAUCUUGUAUUUAAUAUAACAUUUAAUAAAAUGACCAAAAGGAUGAGCAA